AUGAAUUCAUCAAAGUUAUCUCUGGCAAUCAAUUGCUUGCUAUGGCUGUCAAUAACCCCUAGAUCGUUGUGCGAUGCCGGAAUGCUUCAAUCACGACAAGACCAUCUCAAUUCCGGACUCGGUGCCAAACAACAACUUUCUGACUCGAAAGAAAUCGACGUACCAUUCCGCGUUUUAGAAAAGCGAUUAGAAUCAACUGGAAAUCAAACUGAUCCUAAGAACACCGGUUCUAGUGAUACAAAAGAUCCACAAAACUCUCUGGAUUUGAGUCCACUCGCCCUUCAAGAAGCAAGCAAGCACGAUGGAAAGGAAAAGCCAGAACAGAUCCCUUCAUUGACUAGCCCGAACAACUUUAUCAACUUUUGCAUUUCGGGUGCCGGGACGUUGGGUAAUGCCGUAAUUCAGAAUGGAGCACAAACGAAGAAAGUAAAUGCAUGCAAUGGAAUACCCAUGGGGAUGAUUCCAGCUCCAGAUAAAACACCAAGUCUUAGGUUCUUCAGUCCAAAAAACCUGGACACGGUUCCAGCUAAAAAAACUUUCACCGUAUCUAUAAGCGUCAAGAAUCUAGACGCCGGUCAUUUCACAGCUCCUCUAGAAACUUACUUUGCCGCCCCUAUAACUCUUAAUGAAGCAGCAGUCGUGAUCGGACAUACACACAUUGUAGCUCAGCGUGUAGAGAGCCUGACUUCAACCGCCCUCCUGGACCCUCGCGAAUUUAAAUUUUUCAAAGGAAUAGACAGUCCAGUCGAUAAAGAAGGAAAAUUGCAUGCUGAAGUGAAGGAUGGAUUGGAAAAGGGUGUCUAUAGAUUCUCUACCAUGACCGCGGGUGCAAAUCAUCAGCCAAUUGCAGUGGCCAUAGCCCAGCACGAUAGCAUGGACGAUGUGAUUUACAUCACUGUGGAAUGA